CAUCCCCUUAUCCUCGAGCCCGAACAGCAAACGCGAGCAGAGAGCGCAACACGAAGAUGGCGACGAUGUCCCUCGCCGCGGCCUCACCCCUCACCGCCUCCACCCCCCGCGGCCUCGCCGUGCCCGCGCCCCGCGCGCCAUUCCUCGGCCUCCGCGCAUUUGGCGCGUCGGCCACGCGGUUCGCGGGGCUGGCGGCGGCGCCGCGGCCGUCGGGGAGGGGCGAUGCGGCGGUGGUGAGGAUGGCGAAGAGGGAGCAGGAGCUGGAGGAGAUUCGGGCCAUGGAGACGGAGAGUCUGGAGCAGGAGGUGGUGGACCUCAAGGGGGAGCUCUUCCUGCUCCGCCUCAAGCGCUCCGCGCGCCAGGAGUUCAAGUCCAGCGAGUUCGGCCGCAUGCGCAAGAGGGUUGCUCGUCUGCUGACUGUGAGAAGAGAAAGGGAAAUUGAACAAGGAAUCAACAAAAGAAAUUCUAGGAAGCUUGACAGGAAAUGGAAACUGGGUAUUGUGGUUGGACCACCACCAUCUCUAAGGGAGAAGAAGGAGGAGGACUAGAAAACAGCAAAAACAGGCAAUUUGCACAAGUCAUUUCACCCCUUAUAAUGGUUUGUUUUGUAAUCCAGAGUACAGCUUUCAAGUCCUUGCUGUUAAAACCAGAAACUUAUGUUACCAUUUUUGCGUGUAAAUCUCAGUUUUAUUUGAAAUUUCUGCUA